CCCUGGUUCCUGUUCCUGCCGGGCCCGCCCGUUCAUGGCGGCGGGACCGGGCUGUGUCCGAGUCCGCCCCUGUCCCCCGAAGUCUGAGUCGAGGUGGCUUGCGGGGGCGCCCCCAAGCCCCUCCCCGGAUUGUGAGCUCCUGGGGAGCAGAGGCGGGUGGGGCGCAGGUGCCUCUGGACCACCCGCUUCUCAGGUCGCCUGCGGUUUCCUGCCAGAUCGUGACAUAACGGGGCGCAGGGAGGGGCGAGGUUGGCAGACGCGGCCGCACCCCUGGGUGGCGCAUUUCUAGGAACUGUUGGGGCUCCGCUGCCUUCAAGCCGUCCUCUCCGCGCCGCCGCCUGCGCUGCCCGCGGGGCAGGUGAGCAGGUGGUCCCUGGAAUGAUCCCCCUCGAGGGCGCAUCAGCCCCGACGCCCCAGGACGGGGUUCCUCCCCGGGGCAGUCAGUGGCCUCCCCAGCGCCCUUGGCUGGAGGGCGAGCGAGGCACGGCGGGGCGCGCACCCCUAAUUCACACUCCCCAGUAGACCUCGGCGCGCGCCCCUGGAGAUGCUGAGGUGCUGACCCUCCCCGCGCCUUGGUGCUUUGCGCUUGGACUCUCCUGCUCCUGCCUCCAGGUAUAAUUUUUACUGCCUUGUGCAAGAGUAACGCCGGCGGCAGCGCUGCAAGGCCCCGGACGGGUCAGGAGACCCUGCUCCCUGCUGUCGCUGACACGCUUGCCAUCUCCGGAAUCACCCAUUGGGAUGGCACAUCACCAUUUGGUGUGGAAUAGUUCUGCAAGAGCAUCACUUAGCACAUAGGAAACUGCUUGUAAAUACUGACAACAUCAGCCUUCACUGUCAUAGCCCGACGACCUCCGUCACUUCAGCGUGUCUACUGCGGCCUUGUCAUGGUUUCCUUUCUGCAAGCUACCAGCAGUCCUUACCACUGAGACAAGUUAAUGAAGUGGGUAUUUGGACCACUCUUAGGCAUAAACAAGUGCAGUUGAGCGAGCCGGCUGUCUGCCGAGCGCAGCUCCCGUAUGGUGAGGUCGGUCUCCUUUACACUGUGACCCCGUCCUUGUCCUUAGUAACUCCACGAUACUUAGUGUCGCGGGCGACGCUGAUUUCCCAGGCAUGUUGCUUGUCUGUUGGCUCCUGGACUGCACUCUGCGAAAUGUUCAUGGCAUUCACUUUUUUUUUCAAUCAGAAACUCGCCGGGUUUGUUUUCCUUCCCAGCGCCAGGCCCUCUGUCUCCCCAUGACAGCUUUUUCCCCACCCGAUGACAUUACUGAAUUGCUAAAGCUUAAGUGAAAAUGGUCCUUGUCAGAAGAUACGAAACAAGGAAAACUUCUCAAGCACAAGAGCGUGAGCAGAAAUCGCGCGUGGACUGGAGGCGGACCAAGAGAAGCAGCGUCUCGCAGCUCCUGGACAGUGAUGAGGACUGUGGCAGCGCAGAGAGUGUGGACAACGGGGAGAGUGUGGACAGUGCGGAGAGUGUGGACAGCGCAGAGAGUGUGGACAGCGCAGAGAGUGUGGACAGCAAGGCUCCUCCCGAGGCGCUGGAGCAUGACCCGGGGCUGGACCGUGGGCACUCAGAAGAGAGGGUGCUUGAACUGACCACAGCCGAGAGCGAGGGACACAGCGGAGAGCCCGGCCCGGGUCACCACGCUGGCCCCCCACAGCAGGACGAGCCCCGACAGGAAGGCGCCACCUCCCCAGGCCGCUCGGGUCCCGAGGCCGAGGCGCAGGACCCCCGCGAGCGCACAGGGCUGGCCCCGGAGGGGGACCAGGACCAGGACCUGGACGAAGAGCCUGUCAGGCGGGGCAGGAGGCGGCGGGUGUCCUCGAUGAUGUCUGACAGCGAGGACAGCGAGGGUAGCGACAUCCUGGUGAGGAAGGCGGGGGCGAAGCGGCCCCGCAGGGUGCUGGAGGAGGAGGGCCCCGCGCAGGAGCCCGGGCGGAGCACCCCGGAGCGGAGCACCCCGGAGCGGAGCCCCCCAGACCAGAGCACCCCCGGGCGGGCAGCAGCUGCGCGCAGGCUCGAGCAGCGGCGGAGGCUGGAGGCGCUGGCCCGGCGGAGGGCGUCACGGGCUCGUGGUGGGCAGCACCAGGACUCUGGCGAGGAAUCCUGCCCGAGCAGCGGUGGUGAUGGCAGCAUUGACGGGGACGAUGAGGAGGAGCAGGAGCAGGAGCAGGAGCAGGACACCUCUGAGGGCAGUGACGGCGGAGAUGAUUACAUCCUCGAUGACUUCGUGGUGCAGGAUCAGGAGGGCGAUGAGCAGAGUGAGGGCCCACGGGGAGAAGCGCUGCGCACGUCACAGCUGGAAUUAGUGAAACGGAAUUCUCUUUAUUCUUUUAGUGACCACUACACUCACUUCGAAAGGGUUGUGAAGGCGCUCCUCAUCAACGCUUUAGACGAGUCUUUUCUGGCCAGUUUGUACGAUGGCAGCCGGCAAAAGUCCUAUGCCCAGGAUAUGUUGACGUCCCUUGAUUAUUUGGAUAACCGCUUCGUUCGGCCCCGUCUAGACAGCCUGGUGUCCAGGAGCCGCUGGAAGGAGCAGUACAAGGAGCGCGUGGAGAGCUACUCGGCCGUCAGCGUCCGCCCGCGGGGCUCGGAGCAGCGCUACUGCCAGGCGUGCGGGCUACACCGCUGCUGCCGGUUCUCGGUGCGCCUGUCGGGGCAGCUGUACAACGCCAGGACCAUGGACGCCGACGACUUCAUGUCGCAGGACACGCAGGUGUUUAUGGUUGGCAGCGUCUGCGCCGAGCGCACCGAGGUUUACCACAAGCUCAGACACUUCAAGUUCAAGCUCUACCAGGAAUGCUGUGCCAUCGCGAGGUCGGAGGGAGGCGAAGACGAAGAGGUGAAAGAAACCGUGGAGAGAAUCUUCGCGCGGUCCCGGGACAGCGGCUGGAUCAGACAGAAGUACGCUGAGCUCGAAGGCCGCCUCAACUCUGCGGAUUACUUCCAGGACGAGAAGUUUGACUGAAUUGCGGCACGUUUCCUUUAGAGCAGAUUUCAUACGCGUCUUCAACGUGAAGCUCACAGUUCUCGUUUGUCUGUGUCGUGUGACAUGUUUAUAAUGUCGCAUACGUGUAGCAGGAGUCCUUCCUCGAACACGUCCAUCUUCAUCUCCACCCAGCGACCUCCUGCUGGCGAAUAAAACUUGUCUGCUGUGCACAGAAGCUGCGUUUAAUCAUCCUGAGUCAGGCGGCGUGUUCUGCAGGCCCCUGCGUUUGCCCGGGGCCCCUUAUGCCGGUGGCUGCUGCGUGUGGACCGCCCCAGUCCCGGGGUUUCACCGAGACGUCACCCCGGCAGGCCCGAUGCGCACCAGGGAGCCGUGCUGUCACGUCUGGCGUUUUCUAGAACAGCCGCGGCCGCCGAGCUGCCAGUCCCCAGGGCUCGGGGUGCACCGCGCUUGCUGCUGGACAGCUUUCGCUCUGCCCUUUGGCCUUAUGGCCGUGGUCGCCAUAAAGAUGUACUUUAUUUUUAACCGUAACUUGCCUGUGGCAGUGCUUAUGGAAGAAUCAGAGGCCUCAGACCAGGUCAGCCACAAGUGCUUCAGAAGCCUAUUUUGGUAACUGCGCUGCUUUGCACAUCCCAAUGUUCCCCUAAUAAAGGAAAAUCUUUUAAAGCUCA